AUGUUCCGCCGCCCUCACCAGGUUCUCCCCAUGUGCUCUACGAUAAUCGCUGAGAUGGGACUGCACCGACGAUCAUCGUCAUUGUACUGGGACGUGACGAGUUCACUCGGAAAGAGCAUUGCCAUAAGUCUAGAUCAAAAGGCUGAGCCGUGA